AUGAUAGCUUCUGCCGUGAGAAUUAAAACAAAACCUCCAUGGAUAAAAGUUUGCAAUAAGAAAAUUGUAAUUGUCAUAGAAGUUUCCAAUUUAAAUAAAGAGAAUCUAGAAGAUGUCCACAUCUUAGUACAUGGCACUACAGGACAAUCAAUAGAAUAUACAACAAAAUUAUUUGAAGAAACCUUCAUUAUGACAAAUAAUCUUCCAUUUUGGACAGAAAUUCAGACACAAACUCUAAAACCUAACAUUUCCUCAGCCAUAGUUCUUGUUAUGGACAUUAAAGAAGUAAUAGACAGUCUUAUGUGCAAAUUAUGUUUGAAUGGUGUUAUAUUUUAUAAGAGAAAAGGAAAAGAAUAUCUUCUUCCAUUACAAGAAAUAGAAUUGUAUGCAAAAGAUACUAUUGGUGCAAAGUUUGAUGCCAUAUCUGAUACUCCUAUAGAUUCCAAAACAAUGCUGGCUAUACUAGCAACAACAGAGAAAACAGAUCUUCUGCUCAGACAUAUAAUGAGAUCUAAUGAAGUACAAUUAAGUCUCGAAAUCCUAUGUCAGUAUCUGAUGAUGGAGAAAUUGGAUCAUUACAGCAACAUUAUUAUACAUAGAAGUUCUCCCUACCAUACUCUGAAUGGUGUUAUGAUUGUUAUGCACGGUGAACAAGCAGAUGUCAAUAAUUACACCACUUUAUGUGUUUAUUCUAGGACACCAUCUCAAGUAUUAGCUCUAAUCCAUUGCAUACACGAUGCAGUACCUCUAACACUAGUCAUCACGACUCCUAACCAAAAGCUCACAGCAAAAGAUGACAAACUAGCGAAAUUCAACGAAGAAAGUAUAGAAUGCACACAAAAGCUGUACAAUUACCAAAAUUACGCGUCAACUAUAUUGAAACGAACUAAACUAGCCUUGAAAUAUUUGGACGAUUCCAUGGUGAAAAUGGGUGAGUCUAAAAAUCCUUUAGUUCAAAGUAAGAUUGGCAGUGAGAUCGACCUUUUUGCUGCCGGUCAAGGAAGGUAUAUAGAAUUUAAGGAUAAAAUGAGGAAGGAAGCAGCUUUGGGUGUUAAAACUUUGUAUGAAGAUGAGGGCGAUCCAGAUUCUCUGGAAGAUUCCGACCCUGAUGUAAUGUGUGUAGACUGAGAGAUUGAAGAUUAGUAUUGUUGCUGU